AUGCUGUUUUCGGACAAUGAAGAAAUUAACGACAUUUUAAAACGAAUUGGAUACAAAGAACCAACCCGGAUCCAGGCAAAGAUGCUUCCCUUUCGCGAAGAACGGGAUGUCAUGGGCUUAGCAGAGACAGGAACAGGAAAAACAGCUUGUUUUGUAAUCCCUUUGGUCGAAAAACUAGCUGAUGACCCGUAUGGCAUUCAUUCGCUGAUUCUUACUCCAACUAGAGAGUUGUGCUUACAGACAAAAGAGCAAAUAGAUGUAAUUGGCAACUACUUUGGCAUUCGUAGUGAAAUAGUGCAUGGUGGAGUUGAGAUUCACAAACAAACUGCUGCUCUUCUGAAGAAGCCGCACAUAGUAGUCUCAACGCCGGGAAGAUUAGCAGCUAUGCUAAGCAGCAAAGAAACCUUGGCAUGCUUCCGGCGGCUACAAAUGGUUGUGCUAGACGAAGCUGAUUUACUGCUCAAUGGUCCACAGUCUCGGCCGGUCUACCAAAUUCUUAGUCUACUCCCGUCUAAGCACCAAAUGCUUCUCUUCUCCGCCACUGACAUUACCCCACAAGUACCUAUUCGCAUGGAAGCAGCUGGAAACGAGACCGACUCUCAACCAGCCCCAGAGCUAACCUGUCCCGCACUUUGGGAUAUGAUCCACCAAAAGCAGAUGUGUAAGAUGGAUGUGCGGGAAGAAUCUAUCCCCAAGCAAAUCACUCAAGAGUAUGCCUUAGUCCACAAUCAUGCCAAAGCAGCCCAUUUAGUGACUUUGCUCUUAGAAGAGUACCCCAACAACAAAGUCAUUGUUUUCUUGAACCGCUCCGAAGAGUGCACUAUUUUGGCUAAGAUUCUUCCCGAGCUGGGCGUAAAUGCAGCCAGUCUGAGUCGAGGCAUGGACUAUCGCACGCGUCUGCACGCCUUUAACGACUUCCGAGCCAGUCGGAUUCGAGUGCUCCUAACUACUGAUAUAGCUUCACGAGGUCUGGAUAUCAAAGAUAUUUCCCUAGUAAUCAAUUAUGACUUGCCCAACAAUCCAAUUGAUUACAUUCAUCGUAUUGGUCGAACCGGUCGAUUAUUACAAACAGGAUGUGCUCUUUCUUUUGUGGCCACCGGAGACUCCGCCCUUCUCGAGCACAUCCAAGCCCACACCCAAACCACUAUUCAGGAGAAAAAGCUCGCCCCACUCACUAGUCCCAAACUCCUCAACCGAAUCACCACACAUCGCCAGUUCAUCCUGGAAAAGAUGGCCAAUUCCAACACCAGCUAA